ACCCUCACACCUCAGCAGCAGCGUGCAAAUAAACACGCGUACACACACACGCACUCACGCACACACACACACCAUAUUCCCGCAUCCUGUAUUUUUAUGCACCUCGCACCGGGCGCUUUAUAAGCGAUCGUGGAUUAUGAUGCCAGUUUUUAUCACAGCGGAAUAUCGGCCUCUUCUUCUUCGACUGCAGCCGUAAACAGCAGUAUUAUCGCGUGCUUUUUUUUUUUUUUUAGCUUUAUUUUAAUUCCAGGUUUAUUUUGUAAUUUGGUUUCCUAGUACUACUGAGCACCGAGAGACCGCCGCGACGCAAAGCCCCACGUCCGAUGCUUUUGGAACAUGUCCUAUGUUCCCUUCCAAGAUGCAAGGUGUGCCGUCCCCCCCUCCUAUCAUCAUCAUCAUCACCACCAUCAUCGCUCCCAAGCCAUCUCCUUCCACGCUCCUUCCUACCAGCGUCCCUCACACGAACGUCCCUCUUACGAUCGUCCCUCCUUCGAUCGUCCCUCCUUUGAGCGUCCUUCCUUCGAGCGUCCUUCCUUUGAACGUCCCUCCUUCGAUCGCCCAUCCUUCGAUCGCCCAUCCUUCGACCGUCCGGCCUACGAGCGUCCCUCCUACCACCGCCCAUUGCACGACCGCCCCAUCUACGACCGCCCAUUGCACGACCGCCCAUUGCACGACCGUCAACCCCACGACCGCUGGAACCCUCGUCGUUGUGUGAGCUCCGGACAUCAGUACAGCAUGUUGGACCAGGAAGAGGUACACCCUUUGCUGAUGCGCGAGAGGCGCUCAGAGUCCCACAGGACCAAGCUACUGCGUCGGACAGUCAGCGUUCCUGUUGAGGGAAGGCAUCACCCCGAGAUGGAUCACCGUGCCCGGAGGAAGAGCAUAGCCACUGGGAAGCAACCCAGCAUGGAGGUCCCUCCCACUGCCCCCCUUCAACCCUUCCGACAAUCCAGUUUCCUCAGUAAGAGGUUGAAGGGCUCCAUCAAGAGGGCUAAGAGUCAGCCGAAACUGGACCGAACGAGCAGUUUCCGCCAAAUGAUCCUCCCCCGCUUCCGCAGUGCCGACCAAGACAGGACCCGUUUGAUGCAGAGCUUCAAAGAGUCCCACUCCCAUGAGUCCCUGCUGUCUCCCAGCAGCGCUGCCGAGGCGCUGGACCUCACACUGGACGAGGACGCCAUCAUCAAACCUGUCCACUCCAGCAUCCUGGGACAGGAGUACUGUUUUGAGGUGACAACGGCGUCAGGAACCAAGUGCUUUGCGUGUCGCUCAGCCGCAGAGAGAGACAAAUGGAUCGAGAACCUGCAGAGAGCUGUCAAGCCCAACAAGGACAAUAGCCGGAGGGUGGACAAUGUGCUGAAACUGUGGAUAAUUGAAGCCCGCGAGCUCCCGGCUAAGAAGCGCUACUACUGCGAGCUGUGCCUGGACGACAUGCUGUACGCCCGCACCACCAGCAAGCCCCGCACCGACACCGUCUUCUGGGGAGAGCACUUUGAGUUCAACAACCUGCCGGCCGUCCGCAACCUUCGCCUUCAUCUGUACAAAGAGACGGACAAGAAGAGACGGAAGGAAAAGAGCACAUACUUAGGAUUGGUCAGCAUCCCCAUCUCGAGCAUCACCGGGCGGCAGUUUGUGGAGCAAUGGUACCCAGUCAUCCAGCCGAGCGUUCUCACAAAGGGAGCCGGCGUCGGAGGAGGGAAAAUUAUCAACGCGUCGCUUCGCCUCAAAUCCCGCUUCCAAACCAUGAACAUCCUGCCCAUGGAGCUGUACAAAGAGUUCGCCGAGUACGUCACCAACAACUACCGCACCCUGUGCGCCGUGCUGGAGCCCGUGCUGAGCGUGAAGAGUAAAGAGGAAGUGGCCUGUGCUUUGGUGCAUAUCCUGCAAAGCACGGGGAAGGCGAAGGACUUCCUGUCUGACAUGGCCAUGUGUGAGGUAGACAGAUUUAUCGACCGAGAACACCUUAUAUUCAGAGAGAACACUCUGGCCACCAAAGCCAUAGAAGAGUACCUCAAACUGAUCGGACAUAAGUACCUCAAGGAUGCCAUCGGGGAGUUCAUAAGGGCCUUGUAUGAGUCAGAGGAAAAUUGCGAAGUGGACCCUAUGAGAAUACCACCCUCUGUGUUACCAGACCACCAAGCCAAUCUUCGAAUGUGCUGCGAACUGGCUCUCUGCAAAAUCGUUAAUUCCCAUUGUGUUUUCCCCCGAGAGCUAAAGGAGGUUUUUGCGUCCUGGAGAGUGCGUUGUGCCGAGAGGGGUCGGGAAGACAUCGCUGACCGCCUCAUCAGCGGAUCGCUCUUCCUGCGCUUCCUCUGUCCCGCCAUCAUGUCCCCGUCACUUUUCAAUCUCACCCAGGAGUAUCCCGACGAGCAGACGUCACGCACGCUCACUCUUAUCGCUAAAGUAGUGCAAAACCUCGCAAACUUCUCCAAGUUUGGCAAUAAGGAGGAGUACAUGUGUUUCAUGAAUGAGUUUUUAGAGAUGGAGUGGGGCUCCAUGCAGCAGUUCCUGUACGAGAUCUCCAACCUGGACAGCGUCAGCAACGCAGGCGGCUUUGAGGGAUACAUCGAUCUGGGCAGGGAGCUGUCUAUCCUGCACAGCCUCCUGUGGGAGGUUAUGGCUCAGCUCAGCAAGGAUGCCAUCAUCAAGCUGGGCCCUUUGCCCCGCCUCUUGAAUGACAUCAGCAUGGCGUUGCGUAACCCUCACCUCCAGAGGCAGCCGAGCCACCAGACGGACCGGGUGCAGGACAGACAGUCGGACAGGCUGCUGUCUCGACCAAGCUUUAACCGAGGAAUCUCGUCAGAGUUCCAGAAUCUCAUGAUGAGGGAUUUAAACAGCUCCAUAGACAUCACUCGUUUGCCUUCCCCUACUUCCACCGGAGUGGUCAUGCCAUCCCGUGCCCAGCUGAGCUUUCAGGACCGCGAUCACCCUCAUCGAGCCUCCAAAGACAUGUUCUACGUUUCGCGGCCCCCCCUGGCCCGCUCCAGCCCGGCGUACUGCACGAGCAGCUCGGACAUCACGGAACCAGACGCUAAGGAUUCCCGAAUGAACAGCGUGUCUAACCUGCAGUCGGUGGACAUGCUCAACUCCUCCCAGGCCUCCAUCGCCGGUAUGGGCAGCUUCGGUGGGCUGAGCAGCGGAGGCGGUGGCGGCCUGGGGUCGGGCCUGAGCAGCCAGCUGCGGGCCGGUGGGAGGUUGUCAGCUGGCUCCGGCGGCUCCAGCAUGUCAGGCGGCCUCCGGCUGAGCCAGCUGAGCCAGAUGGGCACCACCACCGACUCGCUAUCCCAGCAGCAGCAACACCAGGCCGCCGCCAUGCGCUACCCGCUUUCCUUCCAGAAUCCUCUCUUUCAUCUGGCGACGGCUGACGGGCCACAACAACAGCUCCAUCACCAGCACAGCCGAGCUCAGCCCCCAGCGCCCCUGCUCCUGGCCCCUGACCCCGAGCCCUCUCACCAGGCCUACAUCCCACAGUUCGCCCAUGGGGGGUUCUCUCGCAGUGAGGAUCUGUCCACGCUCAGGACCCGGGAUGGUCACCUGGGCCAGCCCAGCAUAAUCCACUCGCACAGCUACAGUGACGACUACAGCAGGGCUGACUACGGACGCAGGCAAAUCUCCAUGCAUAUGCAGGAUAACCUCCAACAGCAACAUGAAAUGAUGGGAAUGGCCUCCCAGACUGGAACGUCCCACUCCUCCCUGGCCACCACUCCUCCCUCCACCGUUCAACCUAUGCGGCAGAGCUCUGUUGCUCCGCCUCCCAGCCAGCGCGUCAAGUCCCAGACUUCCCACCAGCUAUCCGUCAGUGCGGCGGCCGCGCCCGCCGCCUCUGGUAAAAGCCGUCCGCAGAGCGGGAACCUCCUCCAGUCUCCAGAGUCCGGCUACGGCGGCAGGCAGCACGGGCCCCGGCAGCUAUCGGUCAAAGACAACACUGCCCCGGGUCUUCCCCACCAGCAGAGCUCUGUCAGGGAAAGCGGGAGUCCACAAGGGACGACCAGUCAGAGCACUCAGCAGUCACCACAGCAGUCUCAACAGCACCUUUUAAAACCCACCAUGAGUAAACAGGGCUCUCAGUCACCUACCACCCUCAAUCCCCCGACCCCAGCGAACGAGCGAACAGUGGCCUGGGUCUCCAACAUGCCUCACCUGUCGGCCGACAUCGAAAGUUCACGAAUUGACCGAGAGGAUUUCAAGCUCAAGGAGUAUUCAAAAAGCAUGGAUGAGUCGCGCAUGGACAGGGUCAAAGAGUACGAGGAGGAAAUCAACUCUUUGAAGGAGCGUCUAGUGAUGUCUCACAGAAAGCUGGAGGAGUACGAGAGGAGGCUCCUAGUGCAGGAGCAGCAGACCAAUAAGAUCCUCCUACAGUACCAAAACCGUCUUGAGGACAGCGAGAGGAGACUACGACAACAGCAAGUGGAGAAAGACUCCCAAAUUAAAGGAAUAAUUAACAGGAAAGAAGACUCGGAAUGAAGACAGGGAGUCCCGCUGGCCCGUUAAGGAAAGCGCAUCUGUAACGCUCUAACUGAGCUUAUAAAAGAACCUUAAACCAUCCUCCCUCAUCCUGUGCUGUUGCACCCACCAGCAGCCAUUUUUUAUGCUUCUUUACUAGAUUUUGGAAUCAUAUCGAAUAAUUCCACCUAGUUUUCCAAUAUUCCAGAGGAUUUCCCAGUAAAAGCACAAAAGGAAUGACAAUUUAUUAACUCAGAAAGGGGGGGAAACUGAACUAUUUAAAUGAUUGUUAUGGACCUUACUGCACAGGACUCUGGAAGACCGUGGUUUGAUAUUAGCUCUUCCAUUCCUAAAGAAGGUGAACGCUGUUCACUGAAGGACUGCUGAUGUUUCUCUCUGCAGAAGAAACAUGGGGACUAAUACCUUUCUCCUUUUUUGUAUACAUAUUAUGAGGAGGACAGAACAUCACAGACAAAACUUGAAUCAAUAUGAUGUGAAGAUUCGGGCAGAAAGGCAUAGAGAAACUAUGAGAACAUUAGAGAAUAAUCACCUUGAUUAUCUCCCUCUGGGGUAUAAGCUUCAAGUGAAUACAGACUGUAUCAAGGCCUACUUGUACCUUGACCUACCUUGACCUUGGGAUGAAUUAAGUAGCAGAUCUGGAUGCUUCCGAGUCAGUUUCUACUCACAGAUCACUGAGCCAGACUGUGCAUUGCAGGACUUGUGCAUCAUCUGGACACAUUAGGAAUUUGAGUGCACAUAAGAGCAAUGCAGACAGAGUGCAUGGAUGCCAAGAAGCAACGUCUCAGGCCAUCCUGCUGGGUUGACUGGACUCCAGAAUCUAAGUGCAAGCAUAGCCUUAUGUUCUGUUUCCUCCUCAGUUGACUUUUACAUUCAGCUGACACCUUAUGGCAGAUUAUUUAUGAUAGAAAUGCAAGUUCCAGGCCAAUAUUAUUCCUGGGUUGGCUUGCAAAAAUCUUGUCUUUCCCUGCAGGACUAAAAACAGUCUGCAAUGUGUUUUCUUUCAGAGAAGCCUUAAUGCUCUGUGCGUGAACUUCACUUUAAGCUCAGAGUAUCUGUAAUAGACCAGGCCUGGUCUCAGCAGUCUAAUUUAAACCAAAGCCAAAUGCUAAAGGAAUAGUUUGGAUUUUUGUUUGAUCAAGGCUCUGUGAAGAGGUUAUGAGUUGUUGGUAUCUUCUAUCAUACAACAGCAGCAUGGAUGAGGAGAAGAAGUUUAAACUAUAAAAUAACAGCCAGACUAAAGUGGAUUUCUGACAUCUUAAAGCAUCUUCAGCCUGUAAUAAUGGAUGAGUACAAACCUUAGUUCGACACAACAGCAAAACGCUAAAAUGAUUGACAUAUUUUUCCCUAUUUAAAUUUAAAAAAAUACUCCUCAUCAGAGCAGGGAGGAAAACAAACCACUGCUGCAAGUGAACACCAGAUAAUGAAGCAUGAAAACAUGACAAGUUCCUUAUUUCCACCACUUGUUUUCCACUUCUGCUAUAGUUCACUACAAAAGGUCUGAUAGGUGGGUUUUCAAGCAAAGUAUCAUAAUUACCAACUAUUCUUGCAUUGUUUUGGUGUGGAGUGCUUUAAAUAGUUUCUUCAUCUACUCAUUUUCUGAGUCAAAAACAAGGAAAUCGCAUAUUCUUUAUGUGAUUUAAUGUGCAAGACUUUGAGAUCUCUUACAUGAUGACUUGGGAUGAACACAAAUUGAAAAAAACAAUUUUUAAUUUUCUUACAGUUAUGUUUUUGAUAGUUUCAGUUUGGCACUGCGAUCUUCCCAUCAAUCAUAGGUAAGGAUCUAUUACGCUGAUGUUUUAAAAAUGGGAAAACUCUAAUGCAAACAAGAUGACCAAUUUUUUUUUUCAAUAUAAUUCGCCUAAACGGCUAAAAGGAAAUAUUUGAGAGUAAAUUUUUUUUACGGUAGAAAUCAAUUUUAUGUUCAUUGUAAUACUGGGAAGGCUAAAGAAUCUUAGUUUUGAUCCAAGAUGAGUUUAUUUAAGGAGAUUCCUGCUAAAGGUAAGAUAUGGCCUAACCUCUUAACAAAACCCUGCAUCCAAAAGACAAAAAAAACCCAAACUGUUCCUUUAAAUUUCAAGGUAUGCUAGUUUAAAUCUACUGAAUCCACUUUACCUGUAGCAUAUGUAUUUAUAAAUAUGUAUUUUUUUGUUUUUAGGUUUAAUAUCUCUUUAGUUGGCUACAAGUUUUAGUCACUGUAUUAAAAGUAUAAAUAUACAUUAAAUUAUUUAUCUUUCUCAAGCUGUUUGCUUUCAGUUGAAGAGAUGGAGCGAUGCAACAGAAGAGAAUCAAAUCUAUGGUCUGUAUUGCACCUAUUAUAGUAAUAAUCUAUUUUUUAAGAUAAUCCAUAUCAUAUUAAACACAGUGAUGCAAGAGCCAUAGCAGUAAUGGUAUAUAUAGAUAUAUACAGAGUAAAAGUAUAUGACAGUGAGAUAUUUUAACCUUGCAAUAGCUAAGUUUUUAGCCGGAGAAGCGCAAUAACUGAUACAAUAUGUCCAGAUGUGCUGUUUGUGCAAAUGCACAUGCAGGACUCUGAUAUAUUGUAUGCAUUUUCUGUACAUAAAGAAACAGUGACUACCUGCCAAACUCUUCUACCAGGUGCCAUCCAUGGUAUCUGAAUAAAGACCUGGAGUACUGUAAGGUGCAAAAUGCCACAGAGGCAACAUGACAACCAUGACGCAACUUUAUGACAAAAUGCUAGUUCUGCAAAGUGUGAACUUUAAAUUUGUUUUUCUUUUUUUUUUGGUUUAUUCUGUACAGUGUUUGUGACUUUUUCUGCUUCUUAAUUGAAAGCCUGGAAUUAAUAUUAUUUAUUAUUGAAAGCAAACAUGAUUUUCUUUUUCUCUGUAUGAUUUUGCUGUAAAUGCUCGGUAUGACUUUUUGACCUGCAGUCUGUCAUUGGUGGUGUCCAGUGACAUGGUGAUCAGAAUAGAUGUUUGAGAAAGUUAGUCAGUACUGUCAUUGAACUUAUGCAGUCAUAUUAUUAUUAUUAUUAUUAUUAUUAUUAUUACUAUUAUUAUUAUUAUUGUUUUAGAAACCACAUUGCACUCAUUGAUAAGAACAGUUAUGCAGCUGGAAGGAAUGGCCUAAUUUGGACAUAAAUUGUCACCUAUUCAGUAGGAGAGCACCGAUUGCAGUUUUCUGGACAAUCAGUGAUCUUUUGAAAGUUUCUGAUCUUGCCUGAUAUUUUUUUUAUUUUUUUUUGUCUGAAAAGUCGCUGAAUACAGCGUCUUUAGGUUGGCAACAGUGGGGUGAUGUUGUGAACCACAGCAAAAACGGACAGGGGCAGAUUUACUGACCUUUGCAAAAGUAGAUAAAAUUGGUUUCUCAUGUCAGUAUCGGCAAAUCGCAGAUCACCUAAAGUCAAGGAAAUUUAUUGGUGCACCACUACUAUUCAGUCAACUUAUGAGUGUGUCAUUGGUUCAAAUGUCGAGGAGCUGGCAUGUCUUCUUCGCAGGAAACUAGAGAGCGCAAGUUUUGUUUUUAGCUUUAACUUAUUGGAGUAGCAUUUUCCACCUGAAUGAAAGGUAAACAUUCAUCCAUGUUCUUAUCCUUUUAUGGCUGUAUAAUAUUAGUAGAAUAUGUGCCAGCUCCUUGCAAACUGAUUCAUUAACAUACCCAUUGCUGGUCUGCAUGUGGUCCAUACUCAAAAGUCCAAAUCAACCAUUCCUUAUAGAUGUUCAUAUCAGUGAGUGUUUUUUUCUUUUUGUUUCAGAGUUAUAGGUAACUUUCUGGUGUCCGUAUAUCUGCCUCUCUUUUGUAGCAAGAAUAUAUUGAUAGGCUGUAUAGAUUGUACUACAGCAUAUCUGAUGUUUUAAUCUUGCAAAUGAAUUCACAGUAGUAAUGUGUGUGUGUGUGUCUGUGGGUGGGCGGGGGCGGGUGUGCGUGUGUGUUUGUCUGUGACUGACAUGGCUCAUAGCAGCAGCCAAGGGUUUGUUUCUCAGUCUUUUUUAAAAUUUGCACCAGAUCUGUAUAAAGUAGCUGCAAAUAUCGAAUAUUUCUUAUUCUAGAAUGAAUACCAGUUUGUUGGAUGAAAGGCAGAUUUUAAAUCAUAGAGAGAGUUUCGUUGCACAUGUUGGUGAAGGAAAUGAAAAACCAGUGUAUCUGCAGCUGCUUUUUGAACCAGGUCUGUCAUUUCGUUGACUUCACAUCUUCUACACUUUUGUCUCCUGCCUUUUUUCUCUGUAGCACAAUAUUCAGACAUUGUGACCUCAUGUUUGGUAGAUGCAUUGUUUUUAUUUUUGACUAAAUGUAUGACUUGACCUCAAAAAAGCACACUACUUGAACUGGAUUUUUUUUUGUGACAUAUCACCCACACAAAUCAUUGUCUGCCUUUUGAAGUCAUGUCGAAUCUUAAUGCUGUAUAACCAUGUUCCAUUCCAUUGUUCUCUGGGACGGUGCAAAUAUUUCUGUCUGUGCUGAUGGUUUACCUAUUCUCUUCUUCUUUUGUAAAAUAACUCUCAACUCUGUACAUUGUUCAUGGAAUAAAACAUCCAAACACUUCUGUUUGAAACUUUA